GUCCCACUAGCUCUCUCUCUCCCCUCUCCCAACCACAGCGAUUCCCCCAUCACCUCCCUGCCUCCGCCCCCAUCGAUUCCAGCCAUUUUUGGUUCUUCGCCGCCGGCACGCGCCGCCGAGGUUCCCCCCAAGGGAGUGGAGAGGAGAGGAGAGGAGCGGCGGGUGCGUGCGGGGGAGGGAGGGAGGGAGCGAUGGGGUUGGAGGAGGACACGCCGGUGGUCAAGACGGUGAAGGCCACGGCGAUGGGGCUGGCCACGGGGACCAUCUGGGGCACCGUCGUCGCCACCUGGCACGACGUGCCCCGGGUUGAGCGCCACGUCGCGCUCCCGGGCCUCAUCCGGACUCUCAAGAUGUGCGGCAGCUACGGGGCCACGUUCGCCGCCGUCGGAGGGCUCUACAUCGGCGUCGAGCAACUCGUGGAGAGCCAGCGGAAGAAGCGCGAUUUCGUCAACGGGGCCGUUGGUGCCUUCGUCGCCGGCGCCACCAUAUUCGGUUACAGAGGAAGGAGCAUUCAGUCUGCCAUCGCUGCUGGUUCUUGCCUGGCCUUUACAUCCGCUGUGUUGGACGUUGGUGGUAACACUACCAGAGUGGACAAUGGUAAAGAGUACUAUCCCUACACGAUCGAGAAGAAGCCUGCUCAUUGACUGAAGUUCUGUACUUGUAGCACAAGUCCUGCAAACUGUCAGCUCGGUGAAUUUUGAAGCUGAUGCUUUCUUUCCUGCUGUUUUGUUGAUGUACUAGUUCCUUUGCAGAUCCAUGGAAUUGUUGUGCUCGAGAGAGACCUACACAGCAGACUUGGAAUAAAUCUUUUGCCUUACUUUCUCGUAAUCAUUAAUCACAAUAAACGCCGACAAACGCACGAUGCUUGAAAUGUUUGUA